ACCGCGUAGCAAAAUGUAUUUUUCAUCGUAUACACGUUGAAUACAAACGCAGUUUACAUGUUUAUCCGCGUGUUUUAGAAGAUGACAACAGCCGGAAAGAGUGGCGUUUGAUUUACAGUUAUUAGUAUCAGACUCGCUGCUUUCAUGGGUGUGAUUACAAGCCGUUUAAUUGGGAGUCUGCGACCUGAAAAAGCUUCGUAUUUUUGGCGUCGUUUUCAUUUCCUCGGCUCUAACGGCAGCUUGUUUGCUAGCGUUAGCUUGUGCGCGUGCAUGCGCACGUGCACCUGCCUAAAUUAAGCUCGCCGCGUUCAGCUGUAAUUUUGCACCAAACGUACGUCAGUUAUCACUCAUUUAUUUCUGCGCAGGGAGCGUAAAGCGUCGCCGGCUGCAUGCGUACAACCGAGAAGGCGUUUUGUUAUUAUUUGUCACGUUAUCAGAUGAACCGAAGUUGUUAAUUGUGGAUCUCGUUCCUCGGUGGAGACACAGACUUCGUCCCAUGGUGAAGUGCGUCAGCGCGCGCACGCUGCACGAACUCGGCCGCUGCGCCUCCAUGGUGGAAACGACGCCUCUCCACGUGAACUGGAACAGAGGCUGACGUUGUUUGGAAGCGCCACAAAGAGAAAAGGAGCACUUAUCAUGGACCCCGGCGGCGGAACCAAACCCGCUGACGGUCCGUUGAUCUCCAAGUGUCCUUCCGUUCCGAAUUCGCAGUGCGAGCUCAACGGGAACAUUUAUGAAUCCAUCAGCGAGGGCAACUUCGGUAAGAUGGACGGCUCGUGCGCGGUGCGUGGUGGCAGCGACCCGAGCGCUUAUCCGCCGCUUCUCCGUGCCGCCGGCCAGCGCUUCAUCCGUAGGAGCUUGUGGUUUGCUGACGACGUGGAGACCCACGAGGCUCCUGAAUACGAUGUCCGGACCGAGAUGUCCACUGUUUGUCUGCGCACAAUCGUGGACCGGACCAGAGGAGCGUGGUCAAGCUUACAGGAAGGCUCGAGCACGGAGAGCCAGAGCCAGGCUGGGCGUAAAGACAGCGCCACGGAGAGCACGAGCGCUGACGAGGAUAAGGACAGGGCCGUGACCAAAGUGAAUGCAGGGACAACAAACGGCGGAAAAAGCGCAAUAAAGACCGCGAGCGAGGAGAACGAGGAAGAGGCCGAAAUGAAAGCCGUCGCCACUUCUCCCAGUGGCCGGUUCCUCAAAUUUGAUAUCGAGCUCGGAAGAGGCUCGUUUAAAACCGUCUACAAGGGUUUGGACACUGAGACCUGGGUGGAAGUGGCGUGGUGCGAGCUCCAGGACCGAAAGCUGUCGAAAGUGGAGAGGCAGCGCUUCAAAGAGGAGGCUGAGAUGCUGAAAGGGCUGCAACAUCCAAACAUUGUGCGGUUCUACGACUUCUGGGAAUCUCUGCUCAAAGGGAAAAAAUGCAUCGUUCUGGUGACAGAACUCAUGACCUCAGGGACAUUAAAAACCUAUCUGAAGCGCUUUAAAGUAAUGAAGCCCAAAGUGUUACGGAGCUGGUGUAGGCAGAUCCUGAAAGGCCUUCACUUUCUUCAUACACGUGCCCCUCCAAUCAUCCACCGGGACCUGAAGUGUGAUAACAUCUUCAUCACAGGUCCAACGGGCAGCGUGAAAAUCGGAGACCUGGGCCUGGCCACGCUUAAGAGAGCCUCGUUUGCGAAGAGCGUCAUUGGCACUCCAGAGUUCAUGGCCCCGGAGAUGUACGAGGAGCACUACGACGAGUCGGUGGACGUGUAUGCCUUUGGCAUGUGUAUGUUGGAGAUGGCCACGUCAGAAUAUCCGUACUCCGAGUGCCAGAAUGCUGCGCAGAUUUACAGAAAAGUCACCAGCGGGGUGAAGCCUGCAAGCUAUAACAAAGUCAAGGACCCGGAGGUCAAGGAGAUCAUUGGCGAAUGUAUUUGCCAGAAUAAGGAAGAACGCUACUCCAUUAAGGACCUCCUAAAUCAUGCCUUCUUUGCGGAGGACACAGGCGUGCGCGUGGAGCUGGCUGAGGAAGAUGACGGAAGGAAGGCCUCCAUCGCGCUCAAGCUGUGGGUGGAGGACGCACGCAAGUUGAAGGGCAAGUACAAGGACAGCGGCGCCAUCGAGUUUACCUUUGACCUCGAGAAGGAGGUGCCUGAAUGCGUGGCUCAAGAGAUGGUCGAAUCCGGUUUCUUUCACGAAAGCGAUGCAAAGAUCGUGGGAAAGUCGAUCCGGGACCGAGUGGCUCUGAUAAAGUGGCGUAGAGAACGCACCGUGUCCACAGCCGUGCAGAGCGGGACAGCUCAGACGACGCGAGCUCAGGUGCCCCUUAGCACAGUGCCCAGUGUAUGUGAACCCACAGAGCCUGAGGAAACUGAGGUAGACCAGCAUGCAAAUCUGACCCACAUGAGCAGCAGCACUACCUCCGUGACAUCUGACAGCGGUAUUGGCUCCAUCAUAUACUCCGACUCCCACAGCAGCAACUUGCACAGUGUCAUUUAUCCGUCGCUGCAGGAACCUGUUUCCACAGCAGUGCAGCAGUCACAUGUGACUGGCCCUUUUUUGACAUCACACAACAAUGAUUUGCAAGUGUGGUCCCGCCCCCAUGGCGCUGGGUCUAAAGCACAUUUCCGUCGCCAAAGCACUACCGUGAUCGAAAUGCUCCGAGACAACCCGGACAUCCGGUCAGUUCAUCAGCCGGUCAGUCCUGACUCCAGCUCAUCACCCCAGCCGGAAUCGAAGGAGAUAAAAAGGAACGAUUCUUUCUCUCCAAAGUUGUUGCUGCCUCCUUUACCGUUUGACACUCGUCGCCACAGUGACUCAUCCAUGGUGCGCUCACCCGAUAGCGGGUCCGAUGACCCUCUGUCUAAAAGUUUGGGGUGUCAGUAUUGUCUAAAUCAUCAAGCCUCUUUCUCACCACAUCCCUUGUGCACAACCUGCCUAUUGCUUCUAUUAUCUAGGAGCAGGACAAGACAAAACUCCAGCCCCACUCCGUGUAUAUGUGGUGGCCAAUCUCCGUCUCCAACCGGACUCUUGCCUGGAGUAAGUAGGCUCAGAGGUUCUUUCAGAGAUCUCUCUGACCUGUCAGAGCUUAACAGAUCUCUGGAAAACAUCACUGGCCACAAACGCAUCCCAAAUCCUGGCUUGUUAAGUGUCCCAUCCGUGGUGUUUGAAGCAGGGCCAGACCGGUCGGCACACAGUGACUGUGACGAGCGUGAGACAACAGAAUCUCAAAUCCCAAAGCCAGCAACUCGCCGCAGAGCGAGCGUGUGCAUGGGCGACCGUGCUUUCACGUUCCCGUCCAGCACUCUGGGUCUUCAGAGCCAGCCAGCACCAGUUGCAUCCAUGCAGGUGCCUGGCCAUCUGUUCCAGCCGUCCCCGAGUUACGUGGCAGCUGUACAAAACACCGUACCUGUGCAGCCUAGCUACAUGCCUGCAAGCCAGAUGGUGCAGCCACAGACAUUCUCUUCACUGCCGUCCACAGCACAACAACAACCGACAGUCCUACCUGCACAGAGUACUUCAUGUGUACCCCAGAGCUGCACUCUUACAAGACAAUCCGGGCAACCGCUUGCCCAGGCAAGUGCCACAAUACCACAGAUCUACUCUUGUGGUGUGCAGCAACUUGCCAGCACACACAUUUUACCACCCUUGCAGCAUACCGAACCUGGCCAGACGUUGCCGCCUUUGCAGCAAGCCGCCCCAAAAAAUAUACUGCCUGACCAGCAGUCUGCCGGUUCAACCGUGCAACAUUUGACAAAUGUCCAGAUUUUUCCGGCCUCGCAAUGCACCGUGCAGCCUGUUUCAGCCUACAGAGCAGUACAGCACACCUCCACUGUGCAGAGCUCUCCAGAAACUCCGUCACUGCAGCUUAGCAUGCAAACCUCUCAACACAUCUCAUCCAGCGCAGCACAGAAGGGCCAAGAAGAUCUUCAUGCUACCACGCACAAGGGUCUUCAUGCAGUGAGCAUGCUCGCUAUCGGAAAAGCAGAUUUUCAAGAAUCCGUUCUUCUAACUGCACCUUUACAACCAAGUCACACGAUCGACGAUCCAGUCCAACCGACACCGACCUCUCAGCUGUCUUUAGUGCAAGUUUCUGCUGCUCAACAAGUCCAUCAGACGUCCUUGUCUCACAAGCCAGCUCCUCUCACACAGUCAUCCCUCACUCCGCUUUAUGUCUCCUCCGGCCAACCUGUGCCUGCCCCUCCCUCUGUUUCACCGGGGCCCGACUCGCAGAUGGAUGGCAGUGUGCCAACGCCCCACCCACUGCUACCCUCUGCUUCCUCUGCACCAACACAGUUUUCCCACCAAGCCUGCGCACCUCCUGUGCUCACGACUAUAAUACCCACCAUACAGUGCUCCCAACAGGGCUACAGUGUAACUCCCCAACAAAGCACAAGCUCCAUUGCCACAAUUUCUUUGCAUCCCCUCAUGCAGACCACUUCCCCAAUUUACUCAACCAAACUCCCGUCACCAAACACUGCCUCUAUGUCUGCAGGAGCUCCUCCCAUCUUUCAGGCUACUCAGGGAGCUCCCAGUAGCAAUAACCAGUCUCAGAUUGUGCUUCCAGCCCUGGCGAGCUCAUCCCAGUACUCUGUUCCAGUCCAUACAUCCCAGACCAUUGCUGUUCCAGUCCAUUCUGCUCAGACUGUUGUCACCGUGGCUCCACAUGCUACUGCAGUCCCUGGCCAUCACGCACACCCUGCCCCAGCUGCCCAGCUGACUCCUCCUGUGCCACAAGGCCUUCUACCAGAUCCUAUAAAUACUGGGGAGUCUCUGGAUAUGAGCCAGGAACUUCAGGCCUCUGCAGUCACCACCAAAAUGACUCAGCAUGCACAGCCAUGCAGCAGCAUCACGACUCCUCACAUUCAGCAGUGCGGUGUCAGUGCAAGCGGCGCUAGCCAGCCAGCUACCGAAGUAUUUGCUGAGGAGAGUGCUCUCGAUAAGCAGACAACAGUGGCUGCAUAUGACAGCGUGAACUCUGAUGCCACAUCGGGAAAAGAGAUGAGCGACGGGAACGAGGGAACGCACGGUGGGAGGAGCGAGUCGAGGGCCCGCAAACAACAUCGCAAAUCCUCUCGCACACGCUCCCGCCAGGAGAAGACCGGCAAGCCAAAACUGAGCAUGCUCAACGUGUGUAACACGGGGGACAAGAUGGUGGAAUGCCAGCUGGAGACUCACAACCACAAGAUGGUCACCUUUAAGUUUGACCUCGAUGGAGAUGCUCCAGAGGAGAUUGCCACAUACAUGGUUGAGAACGACUUCAUCUUGCUGCUUGAGAAGGAGAUGUUUAUUGAGCAGCUGAAGGACAUCGUGGAAAAGGCUGAGGACAUCCUGAGUGAAGAUGCUGAGGGAGAGCGAGGUUCAGGACAUCUGUCCCAGCCUCAUCAGAACCUCAUAGGGGGAGCUGGUUUUGAGGCGACAAGUCCUCAGCAAACUCAGUCUAAUCAACUGGUAUACCAACAAAAUGUACUUCACACUGGGAAACGUUGGUUCAUCAUCUGCCCUGUGGCUGAAACCGCAAGUAAUGGUGAAGACGAUCUCACAGCCAAAGACCCAGAGCGCACACCUCCAGCUCAGAUCCAUGAUGCUAGGACAGGUGAAGCCAGACUUCUGCAGAAUAACCCACCGCUGUCUAACGCCGCCCCCCUCAGUGCCCCCGAACAACCCCAAACUGCGGAUGAUCCUCAAAGCACUCAUUCGGCGGGAAUGUCCAUGGUUGCCGACAUCCCGUGCUGUCCUAUUGUCCCACCGACUUCCCAGGCUGAUAAUGCUCAGGCUGACAAUGUGAAAAAUGUCCCCCCUCCUCAGCCAGCCAGUCAUGACCCCAGCCCCAUCUCGGACACAUCUCUGAACCAGGUUCAACCAGUAGUGCUUCAGCAGCCAUUUUCCACACCUGUUCCACCUCCUACGCAGUCACAGCCUCAGAGCCCUGCCCAUCAAUCACAACAAGGUCCUCCUGCUACCACUUCACACACACAGCCAGGAAGUGGACCAGCUGAGUCUGACGGGGAAGGGCCUCCUAGACUAGAGUUCACCGAUAGGACAAUAAAGACACUUGAUGAGAAGCUCAGGAACCUUCUGUACCAGGAACAUAAUCCAUCACAAUCCACAAGCUCCACCUCGGAUCCUCCUGGCUCACCUCCAGUAUCAGACAGCCAAAGCAGCGAUGGACCACUGAGAAGAGGAGAGAUUCUGCCUCAUAUUCCAGAGAGGUCUGAUGGUCUCGAUACCUUGAUUGACACUGCUGUUGCCUCAUCAGAUAGGCAGCUGGCAACUGACUUGGAGGGCAACUCUGAUGGACACGCUACCUCGAAAAGCCGUUUCCAGAUUGCUCCAACGGCACCGGAUAUUGUCCAGCGUUUGGAGCAUGGCAGGAAGAGCCGAACUGACUGCGGUUCUGCGGCACCUGGCCACACAGAAGGAGAGGCUACAGAUAUUGGAGUUUCCACUGCAGAUGAAAACGGAGGCCAAACAGUGCAGAUGUGCCAUAAUAAUCGUUAUUCAGCACCUCCAGACCUCUAUCAGGAUAAGCUCACCUCCAACAUGGAGGCCACAACCUCAAUGCCUCACAUUCAUACCUCCUUUUCCAUGGACGGAGCAACACAUCACGGCUACCACCUCUCCACAGAUUCCGGUGAAGAGGACAACCACUUGAUUCUGCCCCAUAAACCUCCCAAGGUUAUUCCCAGCCAAUCGGAGCACAGUGGAAGUGAUCUCGUCAAACGGGCUGUAGCUUUCUUUCGUCGCUCUGGUCGCAGCAGCAGCGUGCAGAGCUCCGAUUCACCCAGCCGUCCACCAGUUCUUAAUGGCCAUGCCCCAUGUGUUUCAAGCCAUGCCCACUCUUCAUACGUCAGCAGUGAUAACGACUCAGAGUUUGAGGAUGCCGACAUGAAAAAAGAGCUGCAGAAGCUUAGAGAAAAGCAUAUGAAGGAAAUCUCUGAGCUGCAAGCCCAUCAGAGAAGCGAGAUCGAGCAGCUUUAUUCACGGCUCGGACGGUCCGUGCCUCCUAGCGUGGGAUUCCUGCAUGCUGUACCCCCUACUGGUCGCCGCCGCCGAACCUCCAAACACAAGCUCAAAGCGGGCAAGCUUCUUAACCCAACUGUGCAACAGCUCAAAUCCAACCGUGACAGCAGCCCGGCUGAGACCUGUUCCAUCAUGUCGGCAUCCCCGGCUAAAAGCUCAGUUUUAGGUAACAGCUCUGUGGCUUCCAGCAGGGCCACACUGCACAGUCCAGUGUCUGAACCUCUGCAACCAGUGCAAACCCAGCAGCCAUGCUCACUCAAAGUUUCACUGUCCUCUGACAACAUCUAUGAUUCAGCCCCACCUGCUGUCCCAGGGCAAGGCUGGACCGUUUACCACCAAACAUCCGAGAGAGUCACCUAUAAAUCUAGUAGCAAACCACGCACUAGAUUCCUCAGUGGACCCGUGUCUCUGUCCAUCUGGUCUACUCUGAAACGACUAUGUCUAGGCAAAGAGCGCAGUAGUAGGUCAUCGCAUUGCAGUGGCACAACUUCAGUAAGCUCAGCAUCCAAUCAGCAAUCAGCAUCUCCCGUUGCCAUUCCUGUACCUGAUCCUCAGCCAUUCACAGCACUCGCUCAGGCUCAGACCAACAACAGCAAUAACAAGAAGCGGACGUUCACCGAAGACUUGCACAAGUUGGUUGACGACUGGGCAAAAGAGACGCUCAGCGCCGUUCCUCAGCCCCGCCCUUCCCUAAACCAAAUCAAACAGCAGCAACGGCAUCAGGACCUGAAGGGCACGCCUACGCGUGUGAGUGGAGGCACAGUUCAGAUAAGGGCUUCUGUGCCCCCAAAGUCCUUGCCAUUCCAGCUGCCCCUCUCGUGCCCACUUGCAGCUGCUCCGGGUCCCAGCGUGCUGCCUGCCCUCAGUAACACACCCUCACCCGUUCUCCAUCCAUCAUACUUGCUCCCCACCGGCCCAUUUGGAGGGGUGAUGCCAGCUUCUGGGUUUCCAUCCCAGUGGCCUCAGGUCCCCUGUCCAGCUGGCACAAUGGGGCCAGUGAACAUGAUUGGUGCACCGGGUAUGAUACCCCUUCCUACAUUGGUGAACCCUGCACUGCAGUCCUUUCCUAUGGCACUGAAUGGCUCAGAAACCCCCAUGUGCAAAGGCAGUGCCAGAACUCUGUAACCAUGCCAUUGUUACUGUCCCUUGUUGGUGUCCCUCUGUAAUGCAAAGCUUUCUACUAUGCUAUGUAAAUUAGAACUAUGCCGAUCAUCCAGUGACGCCCUGGUUGUAACAGUAACUUCCUACUUAGUUGGUUCUGUUGGCUGGUAAACGAUCACCGUCUGUCAUAGACAUGCUAUGAUGUGCAGGUCUCCCUGGCCUGCACACUGCAACUACAGUGCCCAUAGUCCUGUUGCAUUGGUCCAGUGUUAUUGAUGUCAGCAACAGUCUGUAUUUGACAGCAGACACAUCUGUACAUAGCCUCAGUGCUUGUUAAUAGUGUCUGUGUGUGCGAUCGUGCUUGAACAAGUGCAAGACAACUGCAUUGUCAACUGCAACUGGCCUUUAUUCUACAGCCAUAGUGACACAUCAUUUUAUGGUCUAUAUCUGUCGAGUCUUUUCCACAACAGCUCAGCAAUCACCAUUUGCUAAGGCUAAGACGGACAAAAACGCCUUUGCCGAUGGCUGCCAGAGUCUACUCGCACAAACCACAAAGGAAAUACGACACAAACAUCAAAGAACAAAUCGGAAAUAGUUUUAAUUUCAAUCUGUUUGUAAUAGAAAAUCCAUACUAGAAAAAACCCAAAUCUCUGACUCCGGUACAUACAAUUUGACUUUGUAACUGUUGACUGAUAGAAUUGUCUGCACAUACUGUACAACUGAGUGCUGUCUCAGACCACACUGCGAAUCCAGAAAAAAGAAAAUGCUUUAACGGGAAUGUAGUGCCUUGAGAGUUGAACAAUUUCCCCAUGAAAUUUCAUUCAGUACAUUUUACCCACCCUUUCCUCAUCCCUAUAUAAUAAUUGUUUACAGUUUUAAUGCUUUUUAGACAAAGCACUACACGAAGACGCUCAUGGUCACCAAAAUAAACAUCUGCAAAGUUUUUUGUUGUUACGAUCCCCUCAGUAUAUAAUAAAUAAAUAAUAAUUGUUUACAGUUUUAAUGCUUUUUAGACAAAGCACUACACGAAGAUUCAGUCACCAAAAUAAGCAUCUGCAAAGCUUUUCUGGUGUUACGAUCCCCUCAGUACAAGCACAGUUUAACAUAUUCACAGAUCUUUAUACCUCGAUCACUGGUCACUUGCAUGUCUUUGAUAUUGUAGUCUAAAACCAGGCCCUGUUCCUGCAGACGUUCGCGUGAUGCGGUGCUUGAGAAUGUUGUCUAUAGGAGGACAAGUCAAACUUUUUUGCAUGGUCACUGUAAAGUUUACAAAAUUCAGUCCAGGUUUAAAUUUCUAGGUUGGGUCGGGGGUCCAAAAGCUAUAGAACGCAUUAGUCAAAGUAGCAGUGAAACGUGUAAAAUGGGACGUUUGAUACAGUUUGGCUUGGAAAUUCCAAGAAAAUUGGAUGGGGGGGGUGUUUGCGGGGUAGCCUUGUCAUGAGCCUUAUGCACUAUCCAGGUGAAAGAGGUGGGGCUGUGCUAACAUUAGCAUGCCACAGAUCUCUGUAGCGAGCCAUACACUAAUUCAAGUGAAUUUUGUGGGGGGUUUUUUGGUGGGUUCUUUUAUUGGCGUAUGUCUUGGAUGUUGUUUAUUUUGAGGUUGGAGGGUGGUGCAAUAUUUAGUUUACACUUGUUACUAUAAAAGAUCUUAGCUUUUUUUUUAUGCUGCUAGAAUGACUCGGGUGAUCCAGUAUAUGGGGGAAAAAAAUAACGAAUGCAGACAACACUAACUUGGGUACAAAGUUCAUCCCCAGUCAAAACCUACAAAAUAAAAAAGAUCCAGAUGUACUCUGCUGCUGGAUGAGAACAAUACCCGAGUAUUAGACAUUACGUUCCGUCCGUUUUCUUGUUUAGCGGAUGUUAGAUUUUCCUCAUUUUCGAGGGAUUUGGCCUAGCAUCCUGAGCACUAUCCUGUUCGUGCACUUCCCUCUUCCUUAAUUGAAUUUGCUCUUUGGACCAGCAUGAUUUAGCUUUUUUUUUUCUUUCUUUUUUCUACACAGCGUUUAAAUAGCAAUACACACACAGUCGCCAAAUCCAGCCCUUACUCCAAGCCUGCAAGCUUUGAUACUGUGAUGCCACUUAAACAUUACGCAGGGGUAUUGGGAAGUAAAUGAAUUCAAAUCAGGAAAUGUGUCAAUUUGUCACACUUAGUAAUCAGAAUUGUGUUUUGUUUGUUUUUUCCCCUCCCAAUAUUAUAAAUUAGAUGAAAUUUUGAUUGGGAUGACCUAGAAUAUUUGCUACACUAGAACUUUUUGCACUUGCCCCCUUUUGUAAUUUCAUGUUCGUCACUUGGACCAGCAUGUUGAAGCGCUCGAUUACACCCUUCAAAAUCGAGCCACAUUUUAUACCCUGCAUUCGAAGAGGUUGUGAGCCGUAAGUUUUGUCAAGCUGUGAAUUAUACAGGUCGCUUGUAAUUAAUGUAUGCACAGUUAUUUUGCUUUGUAAAUUUUUUUUCCUCCCCCUUCUUUUCCCUUUAACAUGUAUGUGUUAUUCUUCCAUCAAUUCAGUUUGAAUUGGAUUUUUUUUUUUUUAACGUAGGCUGUUAUGCAGUAUAUUCUGCUUUGGAUGAAAGUACUUUUUUUUUUAGAAAGAGAUUUCUGUCCUGUUACUUGUAUUUUUUGAUCCAGUUGCCAAGUCUGAAUAUGUGUCUAGCAGAUGUGGAACUGAAUUAUUCAUUGUUACCAUUUUCUACAUGAAAGCCAUGUUUCAUUGCUUCUGCUUCAAAUUUGCCCGUUACAUUGCAUUUCUUUUUUUUCAGCCCAGCCUAAAAAGCUGCACUCUGAUCACAAAGACUGUAUAUGUUUAAUGAAAUAAAUAAAUAAACAUUAUUUUGUGCUUGAUAAUA